AGAGUCUUAACCGUCCCAACCCUCACCCUCACGCAGUCACCUGAGAGCGACUCGAUAGCGGCGGCGGAACCAUGGAGUGUGCGGAGAAAGCCGAUAACGUGGAAUGGGGAUUUGGUUUUGGAGACAAGAAAGACAAAGACAAGGACAAGAAAUGCGACAAAGACAAAAGCAAAGACAAGAAAUGCGACAAAGACAAAAGGAAAGGCAAGAAAUGUAAAGAUAAAGAUGGCAAAGUGAAGAAGCACAAAGAGCACAAGAAGAGAAAAGACGGUGACUGCAGCAGCUCGAGUUCAAGCUCCAGCUCCAGCUCCAGUUCCAGCUCCAGCUCCGGCUCUGACAGCGACGACGGGAAGGGUGGAUGCAAAGAAAAGAAAAAGAAGGGAAAGAAGGAAAAACAGUGCAAAACGUGAUCAGCUCGGUUCCCUCUUCACAGUUCUGCCGCCCUUCACACUGCCCACUCCCCAACCCACCUCCGCUAGACCGGCUCUGGCCUCCCGCUCGUCCGUCGUCCCCUCCGCUCCACCAUCAGCGGCCGCGCUUUCAGCCACUACGCUCUG